AUGGAGUUAAUCAAUGAUAUGAAUACUGAUCUUGGUGAUGACGGUAAAAUAAAUUUCACUUAUAUAAAAAACCAAAAAACCUUAUCUUCUAAUAGUCAUGAAACAGAAGACCUAAUAAAACAACCAUUUAGUAACGGUGAGACAUACUGUCACCAAAAUCAACAGUCAAAAAGUGAUUUUACUGACGGAUCGAAAAGUUCAGAUCAAUCUUUGAACAGAAGAAACAGAUCCUGUAGAAGAACAACAUCAGCAAAAGUAACAACAACGACAACUACUACACAGAAAGAAGUUUACUGUGAAUUUUGUUCACGUUUUUACGGUACAGCAUCUUUAAAAUUUCAUCAAGAUGCCUGCAAAAUAGCCUAUAUACGUAAAUUGAAUGAAGAUAUUGCAAGACAGAAAUAUGAAGCUAAGUUAUCCGGGAAACCAUCCCAUCCACCGGGGGUUAUAUGCUAUAUAUGUGGUGGUCGAUAUACAAAUGCCUCAUGGAAGAUCCAUUUAGCCAGAUGCUUAAACCGUUGGAUAACAUGGAAUUCAUUGCUACCAAGAAAAGUGAGACGUAAAACGCUGCCAACAACACCUGAACCAAGUGAAGAAGAAAUACAAAAUAGGAUAAGAUUAGCGCAAAGAAAUGGUUUGUUGGAUUAUGAACGUGAAGAUGCCUUGGAUGAUAUCAUGUUCGAAGCAAGUGAAAACAAUAAAUUGCCAUUAGAAUACAUUUGA